UACACCCCAGAUCACUUGAUUUGCACUGACGCACUUAAACGUGCGCGUUCCCGCUAUUCAGCGAUAAAGAUGGCGGCCUCCGCCGGAUCAGGCGUCAAAGUACCCCGUAACUUCCGGCUGCUGGAGGAGCUGGAAGAGGGCCAGAAGGGUGUUGGAGACGGGACGGUGAGCUGGGGACUGGAGGACGAUGAGGACAUAAUGCUGACUCGCUGGACAGGCAUGAUCAUAGGGCCUCCCAGGACAAUCUACGAGAACAGGAUGUACAGUCUAAAGGUAGAAUGUGGACCCAGAUACCCAGAGUCUCCCCCUUUUGUCAGAUUUGUGACCAAGAUCAAUCUGAAUGGCGUACACAACUCAAACGGUGUGGUGGACACGCGGGCGGUGGCGGCACUGGCCAAGUGGCAGAACUCGUACAGCAUCCGUGUGGUGCUGCAGGAGCUCCGGCGGCUCAUGAUGUGCAAAGAGAACAUGAAGCUCCCCCAGCCGCCCGAAGGCCAGCUCUUCAGCAACUGAGCCCCCUGACCCUGACUAGCCCUGCUAUCCCAACUCUCCUUCACUAUCCCUCGAUCCAACACAUAAAUAAAUAAAUAUACACAUUCAAUACAUACACACUGAUUCAACAAUUCCGCACACACACAGAAAUCCGCACAUACAGCGUACAUGUACCACCUCCUUAUUUUUCAGAGACGCUUGAAACCUCUGUUCUCACGUAAGCUCUCUUUUGCCAGGCCCCUCCCACCUUUUGUCCUAAGUCAUGGCCACUUUGUCUCUCGAGACCUUCUCGUUGGACAGAGAGAUGGUUGCACAGGUGGAGUCCACCCAUCCCCUAUCCCGACACCCAAUGCUCACCACCGUGCAGGCCAGACAUUAUGAUACAAAUUACUUACUAAUCUUUUUUUUAUUUUAUUUUUUAUCUUUGUGUUCUACAUCCAGAUUGUAAAAUAACAUAAAUGAUCUUAUUGAGUGUACCUAUCUUAUGUGUGUGCUGGGUUCUUCAACUAAGGGUGGUGGCAUUUACUCUAGGUAUAACAAGGGUGGAAAUCAAGAUGACUUGCUGCGCCGCAAAAGAAAAGUAGACCUGUGCCCCCACUGCAAUGUGGUCGGGAAAGUUUUCACUGUUCGGCUCUUAAUUUUGCUGCAAUGAUUCUGCUCACCCAGUUGGACUUGGCAGGUCAGGAGCAGUGGCUUGGGAUCUACAGCAUAGUCUUGCCAGUGUCUGUUUCAGAAAGCUAAUAAAGAAACAUUGUGUGUGCCCCCCCCCAAAAAAAAAGUGUAUGUUUGAUCCACCUUUGGCAAAAAAGGAACGUUUCUUGCUAUUUUUCAGGCUAGCAUUGGUCUCAAACUGAGUAACCAGCUUUUUGAUCCCGAUUAUGUGAAUUUAUCGGUCUUGGCGCAUGUACGGUACAUGGGAUGGGGGGGGAAUAAAGGUUAUCUUAAUUUUGUCUUAAAGUACAUGGGGUUUGAAAUGCUAAUCUUUUGUGCUUUGCACAUUUUUUUCAGGUUCACCACAUUAUUGUGUGGAGAACGAUGAGCUUUUGUUUCAUCUUUAGGGCUGACCUAUGUACUCCUAGAGGUCAUCUCAUACAGUGGGCUCACUGAAUGCAACGUAUGGCUUUAGUUGUUUAUUUGAUAACUGGUGUGAAUCUCUGAUCUGGGUGACGGUGACCUGUGCAUGGUUUUAUUUGAAUUAAACCUCGUUACUUUUG